AUGCAGUUCCAGCCUGUGUGUCCCGUCCACUUCAUCCGUCCCCAGCAGCUGCAUCCUCGAUUUUGCAUUUUUCGUCCUGGUGGUGUCCCCACACCUCUCAUUGCCAUCGAUGAGCUUCCAUCGUGGCUUCAGGUAUCCAAUCCAUCUCCGGACAUGUACAUCGGCUUGCAACCAGUCUCCCCAAGCUAUAUACCACGAGAAGGUGAGUAUGAGGUGACAUGCAUCAACUGCUCAAGCAGUGUGUCCUCAGUCAACCAGAGCAUGUCGGACCGUAAUGAAGACAUUCAGUCUCCUCAUUCCUCUGUCAGCGCGAACAAGAGCUGCACUGGUACACCCUGCAAUGGUGCGGUCGAGAGUGCAGCGGCGGUUGUCAUUCCCAAGUUUCCAAUCGAGUUCAACAUUGGAACUCCCCCUUCGAUGCAACGCGGCAGAGCCCUAACCAACAUACCUCCACUAGCUCCUCAGAACAUUCCUUUACCCGCGUCGCAGCCACCAAGCGUUGGAGGAUCGGUCUUGAGUUCUGAGAAUCUUUCAUCAGAACCGAGUAAGUCCGACAGACCAGAUACCCCAGCAACGUCUUCAGACUCCUCAAAGGGAUCAAGCAUCGCCUCUACCCGAUCCCUCACAGCCAGUGUCGAACGGCUCAAGGAAAGGAUCAAGUUGAAGGGUUCGUCUGUGGACUCGUCAAAUGCAACAAGCAUCGCUUCCACCCGAUCCGUCACUGCCGCUGUCGAACGGCUCAAGGAAAGGAUCAAGUUGAAGGGUCCAUUUCGCCGGGCCAGCUUCCGUCACAAAGUUCACAGGGCAGUCCAGGCCGAUUCCGAUUGGCAAAAAAAUUCCAAGUACCACAGAGUGCACUCUGAAUCCCACCGAAUUGUCAAAGUGCCUCGCCGUCCUCGGAUCAAACUCAAGGAGUCGGAGUCGACGCGCUCAAGUCUUGCCGAUGGUAUGAAAGAGGAGGAGCUGAAGCCAGAACAAUCAAAUUCGUCCACCAAGCGACGUGCUCGUCGCGAACGAUUGACCCAGCGACUGCUUCUCAAGAAUGACGUGGACCGCAAGAGCCGCUAUUGGCACAUGAGCAAGAUUUCAAAAUGA